AUGGCUGCGUCAACGAUUCCGUGGUUAGAGCUAUGCGGCGCAGUCCUGCUAGCGAAAUGGAUGUCUCGCAUCAAGGGUACAUUAAAUGUGGAGGUGGAAGUCGUCGAAACUCACGCUUGGAUCCAUCAAGUGCAAUCACUAUUGCCGGAUUGUCAGUGGAACCACGUACCCUCAGAAAAUAAUCCAGCUGAUUGCGCGUCAAGAGGAUUGUCACCUUCCGAAUUAGUGGACAAUGUAUUGUAUUGGAACGGUCCCAAUUGUCUCGGGUCACCAACGGCUGAAUGGGUUGUCCAUGUUCCUUUUAUCGAGUCAGAUCACCUCCCCGAAGCCAAGAUGGAGAACCCCUUGGUCUUAGUAGCCGAAACCGAACAGGAAUGGGACAAACUAUGGGAAGCACUGGAAGUACUAGGCAUUCCUAAAAAGUACAUAAGUCUUAUAAAAGGGUGUAACAACAGAACUGUGUGCAGAGUUCGUUUCCUUCAAGAAAUGUCUGAAACUUUUGAGGUAAAAUCAGGCCUUAGACAAGGUGAUGCUCUAUCACCCACCUUGUUUAAUCUAGCAUUAGAAAAAGCAAUGAGAGAAGUAUGGGACGGUCGAAAGAUGGAAAUAUGUGGGGAACGAGUAAUAUUGGCAUACGCAGAUGACAUUGUGGUAAUGGGAGAAACUAGAGAUGAAGUCAUGAAUACUGCGUCCAAACUCUUGAAAGCAAGUAAAACCAUAGGGCUGCGUGUAAAUGAGGAAAAGACGAAAUACUUAAUGGUAGCAAGAAGAAGCCCAAACAUAGACCACAUAACAGUAGAUGAUUAUAGUUUCAAGAAAGUGGAGGUAUUUAAGUACCUAGGUGUUAACAUAAAUAGCAACAACGAUAUGCAUGAAGAAAUCAAUGAUCGAAUAGCAUGUGGCAAUCGAUGCUACUAUAGCAUAAUGAGACUCCUUAAAUCAAAACUACUGUCACGUAAUUCCAAGACACUACUGUAUCAUAGCUAUCUACGACCAAUAAUCACAUACGCGAGUGAAACAUGGUCACUGACCAAAGGAGACAGCAAGCGGCUAAUGACCUUCGAAAGAAAAGUACUGAGAAAUAUAUACGGCCCGAAAUUCGAUGCAGAAUCGCAAACUUAUGAAAGAAGGAAUAAUCAAGAACUACAGGAGUUAUAUAACAGGCCAAAUAUUAUUGCAUAUAUAAGAAGCAAGCGACUGGAAUGGUUCGGUCAUGUUUGGAGAGCGGAUGGACAAGUAAUAAAAGAAGUUUUAAUUAACACAAUAAAUAAAAAACGUCCAUUAGGAAGACCAAGGACCCGAUGGGUGGACGUUAUAGCUCAAGAUAUAAAAAACAUAGAAGAAGCGUCAUCUUUUGACGACGCAUACGAUAGAGAGAAAUGGAGAGGUUUUGUGAUGGCAGCGAUGGACUUAAUGGGCCGAUAA